AUGCUAAAUUACAAUUUUACAACUUAAAUGCUCAUGCUUAAACUAAUUUUAAAUUUUUUUAUUUCUUUAGGUUAUGUCAACUUUUUUAUUUUUUAUUUUAUUGAAAUUCCUUUGUUACAUCAGCUUUAAAGUAAUUUAUAAAAUUAUUACCUAAUAUUUGCUAGUUUUAAAGCUCUGAACUUUCAAAUCUAAACUACUGAUAAUAUCGUCCAAUUGAAUCUAUAAUUUUUUUCAUCAGAUCUAAGUUUUUAUCUAUUAAUUUUAUUAAGAUGGCUGAGAAUGCCUGAGACUUACUAUUUAAUGCAUUUUUAUAAUUAUGGUCUUCCUUAUAUUAGGAGGUUAUUUCAGUAUUCUAAAUAGCAUUGUGCUAUAUUAUUUGGCUGCCUCAGCAAUAUUUACAAUCUAUUCCUUUAAGCUGGUCGACUAAAGAAAUAAAAAUAAAUUAAACUAUAAAAACAAGGCUGUUUACAUACUUAAACUGUUUUCAUUUUAUUAUUUCUUAAUAUGUUUUCAAAAUAAUCAAUUGAUUUAAUGACAGCAAAUAUGAUUUACUUAAUAAUUUAUCAUCUUAAAAAUUUCAAUAAUUUCAUUUACAUUUUCCUUACUAUUUUAUCUAUAGGAUUACAGCUAUUUAAUUUAUGA